UUUCUUUUCUUUCUUUCUCUCUCUCUUUUUUUGUUUUUUUGGGUCACACCUGGCAAUGCUCAGGGGUUACUCCUGGUUCAUGCACACAGGAAUUACCCUUGGCAGUGCUGGGGACCAUAUGGGAUGCUGGGAAUUGAACCCGGGUCAGCCGCAUGCACGGCAAAUGCCCUACCCGCUGUGCUAUCACUCCAGCCCCUGUAUCUCUUUUCUAUUGUGGUUUGCAAUACAGAUAUUGAAGGCUUAUCAGGUAUAUCCCUUUAACUACUUCCAACAUUCAGUUCUUUUUUUUUUUUUAUUUUUUGGGGGGAGAGGGGGAGAGGGUCACACCCAGCGAUGCUCAGGGGUUACUCCUGGCUCAUGCACUCAGGAAUUAUUCCUGGUCGUGCUGGGGGACCAUAUGAGAUGCUGGGGAUUGAACCCUGGUCGACUGCAAGCAAGGCUAAUGCCCUACCCGCUGUGCUAUUGCUCCAGCCCCAACAUUCAGUUCUUGUCUAGCACGAUCACUUCCAACUAUUAUUGUCAUACGGUCUCUUCUCCAUCUUACCUACCCUCUGUGCCGCCCCUCCCCCCACACUUGUCUUGGGGUCCAACCAUUGACCAGUCCUCCUUAUGGCACGCAUACAUUGUUCUUUUAGGGCUGAAGAUCUGUCCUAAGCCUUGGGUUCACUGGCCCAGGCCGAAUCCCAUAGGGCAGGUCUUGGGUUCUGCCUUUCUGCACGUCAUCCUUGUUCUUAGCUCACCAGCUCCUGUCCUGAGCUGCCACUGGGUGCUGCGGGGCCAGGAGGGUGAACGACACCCCCCGGGCUGCAGGAGAGGGGAAAGGGAUGGGGUGUUGCUUUCUGGAGCACAGAGCAGCGAGUCCUGCCCCCCCAACACCCCCCCCCGUAGCAGUUUUUCUAUAGAAAAUGUGUCGGUGGGAGCACGGAGCCUACUCCCACCGACGACGUGGCUGGACCCAGUGAGAUUCUAAACCUGCUGGCGGUGCUCAGAGCCAGUCCAGGAAAACACAUCAAAAUUUCCACAGAGAAAAAAAUGAUUAUAGGUAAGUGCUUAAAUUACAAAAAAAACUUCAAUGACUGCAUUGGAAUUAAUGGCCAAGGUUCCUGAUAAAAUUUUGGUUGGCUGAAAUGUAAAAUUUUCUCGUUGACCACACUUCAAAGUAGGAAAAAAAGUCACCUGUGAGUGGAGGGCCAAAGAGAGAGUCCAGGGGGUCAGGGGCUUCCCUUACACUCAGCUAAACUGGGUUAGACCCCCAGCAGUGCCUAUAGCCCCGAGUGAUCCCUGAGCACCAUUGGGUAUGACCCCAAACCAAAACCAAAUGCAACAAAAUUCUGAGCACGUAUUAUGUGUGAGUGACUGGGAGGAAGUACAAUAGGUAUUUAUUUACAUACACAAUGCGCUUUUCCAUGUUUUCACAUCAAACUCCCUCACAAUGUUAAAGAUCUUCUGCCUCUUAGUUUAGGUCUAUGUCAGCUAAUAGAGAGAGGAGACUGGAACCAGUUCCCAGAAUGUUGGGGCCUCACGUCUCCUUUCCUCUGUACUGGGAGAGAAAGGUGCCGUCUCCCCGCAGAAACCCGUCUACUAGCUGACUGGCGACCACUUCUGCUUCUAACCCCUACCCACUCGGUGGGGUCCCCUACUUUGAAGCCCAGGACCUAGGGGGCCGGACCUGUUUCUACCUGUCUCUUCCUUCCCAAGACCUUCCCCCCAAUCUGUAUUCAGGGCUGCCAUGAUACCAUAAGCAGUGAAAAAUCCCAAGA